UUUUAUUAGCGGGUGGCGUCUGGUAGAAAUUAAUUCAGCCCUGUGAGAAAAUUUUUGCUUCUAAAACUGAGAGAGCAAAACAAAAUCACAAACAAAUAUUUGUUCCACCAUUUUUGUUGCGGAGACGCUUGUCGCGCCCCAUGUUAAUUGUGUACGGUUUGCGUGUGUGUGUGUAUGCAUACUGCGAGGCAUGCACACAGUUCCGGAAAAUAUAUACAAACUGUGCUUGUUUGUUUUGAGAUUCUCAUUACGUCGUUAAAGAAACAGUGAAAUGGAUACAGAUACUGAAGACGACGCACCGAGGGCUGGCACAAGUGAUGUAAUAAAACAUUUGCUGGAAAUCGCAAAUAGUAGGCCUAGCACCAAUGUGGCUAAGGCAAUUCUUGCCUACCACGAGUCUGCCAGUCUGGCAACGCUUCUGCUGGUCCUGGAAGAGGUGUCGAAAAAUACAGAUUUCUCGACAGAUUUGCGUUUGUCGCUAUCCUAUUAUAUGGAUGAGUUCUUAAGGCAAGUCUCCGGGUCGAAAGUGCCGCGCCGUUCGGUCAUUGCUGCCGCCGGAAAUGUUCUUCAAUACUGCAGCAAGGUCUAUGGCGACAGAGUGGAGUACAUGUACCAAGUGGUGGAGCAUCAAAUCGAGGCUCUGCUCAUAGCAGAUCCCAAAAAGGAUGAGAACACUAAUAAUAAUAAAGAUGCUAGCAAACCGGAGGAGCCACGGAAGCGUCGAGUUAAGAAGCUUACGCAGAAGGAAUUUGAUCCAUUUUCGUACAAGAUGGAACCGAAAAAAUUCAAAAUAAUGUCGGAGGAGAAACGCUUUAGUCGCGUUGGCUUUGAAACAAAUAGAAAUAGAAACCGUACAGUCGAGCAUAUGUAUCAGGAUCACACUCCGUCGCAUAUGUGGAAAUACGCUUCGAUUAUGGAUCCAGCCAACCCCUACGAAAAAGAUGAGAAGAAGAACUACAAAGUAUUCACGUACCAUCCGGAGCCCAGAUACAAUACGCUUCUGCCGGACAUUCAGUUUGACCGUCUGAAUCUUAUCAAGGAGUAUGUGAACAGGAAUCAAGUGAAUUUGUCUGACACUCUAAACAGGAACAUGAGCAAUAAGGAAUACUUAGAUGAGUACAUAGCGUUGGAGAAUCAAAUGCUAGCUUCUCGCUAUGGGGAGAAGUCAUUGCUGAAACGCACGCUGAUUGCCGAUGAAAAGGAGAAGGCGAAGCGGCUGCGAUUGGAGCUGGAAAAUUUGCAGAAACCUUUGUUGCACAGUAGUGGACAAAGUCCGAAGCGUAUGAGGCUAGCAGAUGAUGUUGUUAAUAGUGAGGAUAUGAGUGGAGUGCAGCCGGAGUCAAUGAUCAACGACUCGUUCAAAACGACGUUUGUGGAUACAAUGGAGAAUCACCUCGAAGAAUCCUCGCUAGCCGUGAAUGAUGCCAGCUGCAUGGACAGCACGCGCUUGGAUCAGCAGACGCAACAGAAGUCACACACUGACGACAGUCAGUUGCAAUUAGAGCUCAGCUCAGCUAGCAAAGGCGACGAGAACAAUGAGCAGUUGCUGCAAAUCGAUUCCGGCAUUGGGAUGGAUGACGCAGGCGAUACUCUGCCAGCAGCUCAAUCUUUUGAUGACGAGGGUGUUGUUCUUACAGAUUUAAUAGAGGAGCAGCGUCUCCACUCACUGUCACCCAAGGUAAUGGUGCACGACAUAUUGCCCGGCGUGCCAGAUAAAGCGAAUCUUAGCGUUCGUGUCGAUGCCGAAAUGCUGGCACUCAGUGGCAUCAAUGAAACGAUCGUAGAGGAGAUUAUCCAGGUGCAACGCGAUGUGCACUUUGCAAUUAGGCUAAAUUUGUUUCUGCUACCUGAAAAAAAGCUACGCAGAGAUUGCAUGUUUAAGCUAAACAAAGAGUUUGAUAUAUUUAAGAAAGCGCGCAUCCCAAGUAAGCGACAGACUGAACCGAAAGCUGCCCCGGCGCCUAGGAUUUUCCGCGCUUCCUCGCCCACGAAUUCCUCGACGUCGCAAAGUAGUUUCUUAGACUGGCCUUUGGAUCAAAUGGAAUUCGAUGCAGACGAAAACUUUCGUGGCUUCAGGCGUCCUACUUACGAUUCAGGCAUUGAUCAGGAGGAGGCUAGAAUGUCAAAUUCGCCUGCGGACGAUGGAAUUAUCGCUGAUGUGGACACUGAUGGAUUGCCCGAUUUGAAUGCUAUAGAAGAAGAAUCGGACCCAGCAGAAAUUCAACCAGCUAGAAGCUUAGAGCAAACAGAGAAGGACAUGACUUUACCUGAAAUUCUAUUGGAUGCAGCGGAAUUAAAUAAAACACAGCCAAUCGCUGACGAUACAAUCGCACAGAAUAUCAAAAAAGAGAACACAAUUUCUUUGUAUGCCCCAGCUGAAAACAUAACUGAGUUGUCGAAUGUGGAUACAGCCAAUGAGUUGGAUCAAGACUGGGAUGCAGAAUCUUGCAAUUCGAGCUUCCAAGAAAACUGCAAUAGCAUAGACGCUGAGACUGACGCCAAGAUUAUUGACUGGCAUCGUAGGCUUGCGCCCACAUUGGAAGCAGCACACGCCCGUCAAAAUUUUAGUAUACGGGAUUUAAACGAUGAGAUAAUAGCGAAGUGUCAGGAAAGAGGUGGAGUGGCCACUUUGGCGGACGUGCUGGAGGAUAAGGAUCCAACCAAACUGUGUUGCUAUAUGCUGUCCUCAUUACUGCUGACGAAUCAGCGCAACGUCGAUCUACAAAUAGAUAAGCGCGAUAAAAGCAAGCCCAUUGAGAUGAAACAGUUUAAAAUGAAUUUAAUAAGCACGGAGAGGAAACAAGUGAACCCGGAGGAUGAUAUUGGCAAUAUGGACAAUGCCUGCCAUCGAGGGAAACAGGUAGCGGGCACAUCACAAAAAACGAAAACACCGCUUCACCAACCACAGCACUGUCUUAAAACAGUUAAUGUAAACAACGUACGACUUAUAACACCGGUUCCCAAGGCAAAUGGACGUCCGGAGGAUGCCGACUCGGGGUUGGCAUCUUCGGUGUCUAGCUGGUCCCUAGAUACAUAACAGCCGAUGUAUACUAACUAUUCGUGUGUGUCUUUAGUUUCUGUUUGAUGGACUGGCUCUCGAUAAAGAAUUUUGUAUCAUAUUUGAAUAGAUGGGUAUAUAAGUGUAUAGAAUUUGAUGUCCACCCCCGUAGGCAUUCCUAGUGUAAACGUUUUAUUUAUAUAUCACGAAUAUUUUAAA